AAUAUAUUAUUGGGUUACGAUAUGCAGCUGCGCACGUGCCGCGUCACAGACUCGCCUCCAGACAGGUCGCGUGGCAGGUGUCGUUAAAUUGACACGAUCAAAACAAACAAAACCACGUGCUCGACCCGAUGACCUCGGUCAAACAAGACACCCAGACGGUCAGCGCAAAGAUUUUUUUUAUUUACCCCUCAUGUAAAUUGGCAGGUGUUCGGCGCCCCAGACAGACCUGUCUGGAUUCUUUAGAUGGAUACACUGUUUCCAUUUCAUGUCUCUCCUAUAAAUAUUCACCAGGAGUCAGACAUGACACACACACACACACACACACCUGAUUUGCUCAACUGAACACGAUGCAGUCGUCUGUGGGUGAUCGCGAGAGGGGCAUCCCUGCACCUGACGGCUGCUUCCUCGUGUGGCGUGACUAUAUGGAUCUCGGAAAGACUUUAUCACGGCUGCUGGAGCAAGACGAUUCCCGGCGCGCCUCUGCAGAGGCGGUGAGACCCGCUGAAGGUUUCGUGAAGCUUCGUCCCAGCCGCUCGGACUCCGGCUCGGUCAGCAGCUGCUCCAGCAGCAGUCUGUCCUCUUCUAACCGGGGCCAGCGGAACCCUCGAGACGUAUGCGGCUUCUGCAAACAAAACGGAGAGACCGCGGAGAUUUACCUGAGCCACAGACUGAAAAGUAAAGAUGGACGGAUCCUCUGUCCGAUUUUACGGAGUUACGUGUGUCCAUACUGCUCGGCCACUGGGGACUGGGCGCACACCCGCCUCUACUGCCCGCUGAGAAACACGCUGCAGACCGUAUGAACGGACACGGACGGACUCUGUUUUGAUGUGUUCAAAGUGUGUUGUUAAAGUUUACAGGAUGUGUUCAACAACGUGCUAUUUCCGUGUUCACGUUCAAGUGUUUGUUCUGGUUCAGUUCAAAAUAAAUAUAUUUUUCUAUUUUGUUAAAAACAUCGCUUUGUGUUUAUUUUAAUUGCAUCUCAACACGUUCUUUAUGAUUUUAACACGUGGUUUGAUGAAUUUGCAUAGUUCUGGAAAUCCUCUGGAAACAGAUCUGUUUGUGAAGGGCCUGUGCCCGAACUACAGACUGCUUGCAAAGUUCAAACUGAGUUUUAAAAAACUUAUCCAGUUCAAAUAUAGCCUAGUUAAAUGAUAAAGUUGAUGACAGAUUUCUAAAUAAAACAUUAUUUUCCUCCUUGUGCACAAAGAUACUGUGAGUGUACGCUAGAUGGCGAUAAAAGCCUAAUCAGAUUUAUUCUCGUUUGAUUUAGGCAACUCAUUUAUUCUAUCGCACAUUACUAGGCCUAAUUCUGACCAUUUCUGACAACAAAAUAAAUGACUACUACUUGCCUCAAAUGGACUAAUUUAGGCCUGAUUAAAAACAAUAUUCGAUAUUCAUUUGCACUUUUUUCGAGUGGUUGUUAUUGUCUGCUGACUCGAGCGACUAGAAUAGCGAUUAUCUUGAUAAAUGUGUUAUUGCUGUGUAAUAGGCUAUAUUCUUUCACACACACUCUGGAAAGGAAAAUAUACAUUUACAUCAAACUUUGAUGAAUCUUAAUUAUGUAGCUACAUUGGGCCUAUUUAUUUCUAGUGCCAUAAACGUUUAUUUUAAUUAACGGGAAUAUUUAGAAAAGUUUAUUUACUGUCAUGCAU